UGUGUGUUUGGCCAUCAACUCGGUCUGGUAAAUUGAUACUCAGGUCGUGGACAAUGUUCCACGGUUGACCUGCCUCUGUUCAUCUGACCGUGCUUGGCUUGUGUUCCCUGUCAAAUGCUGUGGGAUGAACUCGUAGUUUUGCUGCCCCUGGCGUCGUCUGAAAGUGCUCAAGUACGCUGCAGACACUGCAGACUCGAGAUAACCCACCGAUCCGAUCUUGCGUGGGACAGACAUGGACACAGAAGCUGUGAAGCAAGCCAAUCCAGUCGCCCGAGUUCCUCACGUUCUCUUCGUGUCGGCCAUCGAAAUAUCAAUAUCCGGACAUGUUACCACUUCAGGUUGAUUCAUCCAGACAACGUCCACGUGUUUCUCGUCGUGUUGGAAUUCCGUGACUAACCGACGGAUUGGAUCGACCACUUCCAGGGAAUUCCAUGUUUUGAUAAGGAGAUAUGGAGAGAUAACAACUACCGUAGUAGAAUGUGAAU